UCAACAAAUAGUAGAUGAGGCAAAAGAACUAGAGAAGAAGAGAUUACAGGCGUUGAAGAAGCUGAAGUGAGUGAGAUGGAGCGUCGACCCAAGAGCUGGAGCAUCCAUACCCGAACCGAGAUCACCGCCAAGUACCAAGUCAUGGACCGGAUCGGCUCCGGAGCUUACGCCGACGUCUACCACGGCCGCCGUCUCUCCGACUACCUCACGGUGGCUCUCAAGGAGAUUCACGACUACCAGUCCGCCUUCCGAGAAAUCGAGGCUCUCCAGAUGCUCCAAGGCUUCCCAAACGUCGUCGUCUUGCACGAGUACUUCUGGCAAGAAGACGAGGACGCCGUCCUCGUCCUCGAGUUCCUCCGUACUGACCUCGCCACCGUCAUCGCCGACGCCGCCAAACAUGGAGGUCUCCCCGUCGGCGAGAUCAAACAGUGGAUGGUCCAGAUUCUCUGUGGCCUCGAUGCUUGUCACCGGAACUCGAUCGUUCAUCGUGACUUGAAGCCUUCUAAUCUCUUGAUUUCUGAAACUGGUGUCCUCAAAUUGGCAGAUUUUGGACAAGCAAGGAUACUUACAGAACAUGGAUUUGAUGCUUCAGAGAUGAACCAACAACCAUUUGAACAUGAUGCAGCUAAUCAUGAAAGUUCACUUCAAAAUCAACCUGAAGGUUUUCCUCAGACAGACAGCUUAGGCCAAGCUGGAUAUGGAAAUCAAGAGGAGGGAACCAUUUCUCAUGAAGAGCAUUAUAGAGUUUUAGAUGAGGUGGAAGCGAAGAGCUCUGCGGAUGACUUUGAUAAGGAUACAGACAUUCAUGAUGGGAAUACCUCUUGUCGUGCGACGUGCACGACGAAUGACAUGGAUAACGAUCCUCUAGAGACUUCUUUUAGUUAUGAAGCAAUGGAGGAGGAAGGUAAAGAGCUCGGGUGUCUGACAUCGUGUGUUGGAACUCGUUGGUUCAGGGCGCCUGAGUUGCUUUAUGGAUCGACAAAUUACGGUUUCGAGAUUGAUCUCUGGUCCUUGGGGUGUAUAUUUGCAGAGCUUUUGACUCUGAAGCCAUUGUUUCCUGGAACUGCUGACAUUGAUCAGCUCAGCAGGAUUAUUAAUGUUUUGGGCAACCUUGAUGAGAAAGCUUGGCCUGGUUGUUCGAAACUUCCUGAUUAUGCAAUAAUCUCGUUUAGCAAAGUAGAAAACCCUCCUGGUGUUGAAGCCUGCCUCCCCGACCGCUCCCCCGAUGAAGUGUCUUUGAUAAAAAAACUGGUUUGUUAUGAUCCAGCCAGGAGAGCUACAGCAAUGGAACUCCUCCAUGACAAGUACUUCAGUGAAGAACCUCUUCCUGUUGCUGUUUCUGAGCUUCGAGUUCCUUUAACUAGGAAAGGACAGGACGAGGAUUCGCUUGGUGGAUAUGAUUACAAUGACAUGGGUUCUGAUUCUGAUUUUGAUGACUUUGGCCCUAUGAAUGUCACCAAAACUGGUACUGGUUUCUCCAUACAGUUCCCUUGAGCUGUUAAGCUCCAUAUUCUUGGAACCACCCUUGCCAUUUCUGUUGUUCAACUGGUAUUUUAAUUGCUGAACAUCAUCUGGAGAAUCCGCAGUGAGAAUAAUUGAUAAGGAAAUCUCAAAUUCUUCCUCUGUUUUGACAUGAUGUGUGAACAAAGGGGUAAAAUAUUGAAAAUCAAGCAUGAUGGAUUAUGUGUUAUAGUGAUAUCCAUAGUUGAUGUAGUACAACAUUAUGUAAACGGUAAACAUUUCUUUCACAUCACUUUUCUCUAAAGGUAGAACAGCAUUAUGUAAACCAAAAACAUUCCUCUAUUUCCUCAUGUAUGCAAGUUAUCAAAUUCUCAUAAAUGAGAACCCAACAAUUGUUGGGCACCCUAAAAGUACAUUGUUAUUGUGGAUAAA